AUGUUUCGUGUACGUAAAGAUUUAUCGCUCGCGCAAAAAUUAGAAAUUAUCGACAAUAUUAAAUUACAGCCACUAGGCUGUAGUACUCGUUGUCUUUCGGAAAUUUUAGGAAUACCGAAAUCAACAAUCGCACGAAUUCAACUUCAAGAACAGGUUUCGCGAGAACAAGCUCAUAGCCAAGUGACAACACGGAAAAGGAAACGAGAGGGUAAAGAUUCAGAUGUAGAUGAGGCACUGACUCAGUGGUUUACACUGGCUACUAGCCGGGGCGUUCAAGUGUCAGGUCCAAUAUUAAAAGCUAAAUCCGAAGACCUUGCUAGAAAAGUUGGUAACGACGAAUUCAAAGCCACCGAAGGUUGGUUAUCUAGGUGGAAAGUAAAGCACGACAUAAAAUUUAAAAGAGCACAUGGCGAAAAAGCUAGUGCAAAUUCUGAUGGGGCCGAUGAAUGGAAACUUACAAAACUUCCACAGAUUCUUGCAAAAAUUUCUCUCGAAGAUAUUUAUAAUGCAGAUGAAACCGGAUUAUACUAUCGUGCAACACCAGAUGGUUCUCUAUGUUUUAAACACGAAUUGAUAGCUGGAUCAAAAAAAGCUAUGGAGAGAAUAACUGUACUGUGUUGUGUGAACGUAAGUGGGACUGACAAAAAAAAGCUCUUAGUGAUCGGAAAAAGUAAAAAACCACGUUGUUUUCAACAAAUUUCUUUACAAAAAUUACCAGUUGAGUAUCACUCAAAUAAAAAUGCAUGGAUGACUUCGGCCAUUUUUAUCGAAUUGGGACAAAAUAAAAUGCAACCGAUGUGUCCCAAUAAAGCGGAUUCGACUGUACUUUAA